AUGGAUAAUCAAAUUUUAACUAAUUCAUCCUGUUUCGAAGGAGAACAACCAUUUCCUGAGUCAUUCAGGGAAUUAAUCAAGGAAUAUGGUUUGUGUGAACUUAUGGCUAAUCCACUUGAUAGUUCAGAUGGAGAAACACUAGAUAUAUUGCCGAGUUCAACAGUAUCAAUCGUCAAUACGAACACGGUCGAUGAAGAUAGUCCAGAUAGUGAAGGUUUUCAGUCGCCUCACGAAUCAAUGGAUUUAUACCAUAAUGCUCCUGAUUCAUUUGGUCAACAAUCAGUUGAAUAUAAAAUGGGAGACGAUGAAACAACGGAUAUUCUUUACACUCAUAAUAUGAGGAAAGAACAAGUUGAUUUAGAACUUCUCUUUACAGAAGAUAAAUUUAAUGGGGAAUUAGAUGUAUGGAAAAUAAUAGAUACUUAUGGAAAUCAAUCAGCUAGUUCAUCAAUAGAUCAAUCUGCAUCAUUUCCAGAUACUAGACGACGACAGUUAGUGAUAAAAAAUGGUUUUGAUAUAUAUUUUCGUAAACAAUAUAAAACGGAUACAUUCAGAUCAGACGGUUCAAAAUCACCGCAUUAUCUGUUUGACAGGAGUGAGAUUUAUCAUCCAAUACUCACGUUUCCAGAAAUAUACAUGAAUGAAAAUAAUCUGUUAGUUGAAGCAGUUUUAUUGACUGUGCCUUAUAAUAAUCAAUACUAUUAUCAUGUGGAUAAAUUUCAAUGUGAUAAUAAAAACGAUCAAAUUAUUGAUCGUAAUCCGUCCUAUUAUAAAAUUGACCAACAGCAUAUUCUUACAGGGGAAAUACAAUUAAAAAUUGCAAUUAUUGUACAAAAAUUAAUCAGCGAGAUGAAAGGAUUUAAAAUAGAACCGUUUAAAGAAGACAGAACAGUUUGCGAGCCAAUAUUCGAAAAAUUACCACAGAAACAAUUCAACGAUAAAUACAACUUACAAAACAUAGUUCUAAUGUUUACACUAUGUAAAUAUAUGGGUAAUGAAGAAUUGAGAAGUACGGGUGGUGAUGGUAGUCCAUUGAUCAACAAUAUCAGUUCAUAUGAUGUUGAAAGAUUUAUAGAAACAAAAGUAAUAUCAACAGUAAUCGAAGGAAAAACAAGUAUUGAACUUGCUAGUUUGAGACCUCGUAAACCUAAACGAAAGAAAGAGGUAUUAUCGACUCCUAACCCUAAUAAAAAGAGUCGGUCGACGGUCAACAAAUGA